AUGCAGACAGGCGAGUCCUCACCCGCUAUUACCAAGGUGCCGUUCGCGCGAGGCUUCGUGGUGAUUAACGACUUGGCCGAGGCCAAAAAGAUCCUGUCCACUGAAGAUGACUACGUGCGAGGCCUGAGCGUGUUCGACCUGCAGGCCAAGACGCAGGUGGACGACCGCGAGGUCACCGUCGCACAGUUCAUGAGCCACCAGGCCGCCCAGGUCCUUCCCUUUGCCGAAGCCGACGUCCAGAAGCUGGAGGCCAUGAUCAAGUCGGUGUCGGCCAAGCUGGAGGCCUACCCGCUACUGCCCUCGCUGGUGCCCGAAAUCGUUCACCUCAACAUGACCACCGGAUUGGAGGAGGGUACGGCGGCGUACUGCCGAGGCUUGAACGGGAUCUUCUUGCCGCAGAACAUGAUCCAGUGGACGCCCUCAUGGGGCUCGCUUCCCAUGCACGAGCUCUUCACGCACGAACUGUGGCACAUCAUCUCACGAAACCUGGAGAAGUCGCUGCGCGACUCGGUCUAUGCGUGCAUCGGGUUCCGGCCCUUCAACGCGCCGUUCCAGUACCCCGCGCCCAUGGCCAACCGCAAGAUUUCCAACCCCGACGGGCCCAAGUUCGAACACUACAUCCGCUUUACCACCGACGACAGCGGCGGUGAGCUGACGGCGCUACCGAUGAUCUACUCGCGGCACCCGGUGUACUCGAAGAAGAUCGCACCAGUGUUCUUCCGCUACCUCGCCGUGCAGAUGAUGGCGGUGCGGCAAAACGACGACGGCGUGUGGGUGCCCGCCCAGAAUCCCAAGAAGGAGCCUGGCACCGAGAAGACAUUUGAUGAUCUUUACCUGCUGGACAUCGAUAGUCUGCCAGAGAGCUUUUGGUCACAGAUUGGCCGCAACACUGCAUACUUCUAUCAUCCCGACGAGACCACUGCUGAUAACUUUGUCAUCCUGAUCCACAAGGACACCAAGACUGCAACUACUCCUGCCAUUGUGCAAAAGCUGGCUGCAGUGUUUGGUGGAGACUUUUAG